AUGUGCUCGCAAGCCCUGUGCCCUCAGCCUCUCUCGCACCUCCAAGACAACUUCGAGCAGCUCUCCGUGUCCUCCAGCACCGACGACGAUCCCUCCGAGUCGCUCAUCGACCAGCUCUCAAGCCCCCUCGCGUCCCCUCGGAGCAAGAUGAGCGUAGACGACACGUCUGCACAGGACUGCGGAGCUCCUCGACGAGAUCAGCAGCGGAAGGGUGGGAGAGGACCGGCCGGCACGAUCGGUCCAUGCCGAGCGAAGCAGCUUGAGAGCUUAGAGCAUUGCAUCAAGCUUCUGAGCGCUGAAAAUCGUCCUUGGAUAAGAAGCUCGACAGGAGAAUGGAUGAGGCUGUGA